UUUUGUGAGCCGAAUAACAUAUCGGCGAUAAAAUAUACUUGGGCUAUUCCUUUGGAUGCUGCAUAGAUGACGUCUGGAAAAGAUACAAUGGGUGAACAGCCAAUUUUCACUUGCAAGGCUCAUGUGUUCCAUAUUGACCCAAAAACAAAGAGAUCAUGGAUGCCUGCAUCCAGCACAGCAGUCAGUGUUUCAUUUUUUUAUGAUUCAUCUCGAAGCCUCUAUAGGAUAAUCAGUGUUGAAGGUUCCAAGGCUGUUAUCAAUAGUACUGUAACACCUAAUAUGACUUUCACAAAAACCUCACAGAAAUUUGGGCAGUGGUCUGAUGUCAGGGCUAACACUGUAUAUGGUUUAGGUUUCUCCUCAGAAGCCGAAUUGCAAAAGUUUAUAGAUAAGUUUAAUGAAGUAAAGGAAGCUACCAGAAGUGCCAUAACAAAAGUGACCACAAAUGGGGGGUCAGCAGUCACACCUGUUACAAGUGCCAAUGCAAGUCCAAUUACCGCCAGAGCUGCUACUGGAGCGUCAGAUAAUAUUGAUAAUCUUUUAGAGCCUCCAGGAAGUGCAAUGAUGCCAGUAACGCCAAAUUCGACCAAACCUGAAGAUGAGAUGACACAACAUCCUCGGAGCCAUUCUAUUUCUGGAAUGGGUUGCAACGAGAGCCCUAGUCACCAGAAGACGGGCAAUAUUUCCAAUGAAAAGAGCCCGUAUACGAUGGCUUCAUCAGGUGCAGCCACUCAGAACUCGAGCGAUGUUCAGCUAAAAUAUGAGAACGACAGGUUGAAGCUGGCUUUAGCCCAAAGUUCAGCGAAUGCCAAAAAAUGGGAAAUUGAAUUAGCCACAUUGAAGAACAAUAAUGCCCGUCUCACUAGUGCCCUCCAAGAGAGCACCGCCAAUGUUGAAGAGUGGAAACGGCAACUGCAUACGUAUAAGGAGGAGAAUGCUCGCAUGAAAGCCAAAUAUCAGUCCGAUUUAGAGAAUAGUAAAGGUGGGGGCGACAUCGCUGAUGAGUUACGCAAAGAAAUCCAAUCACUUCGUUUACGGGUCGAGCAGCUCGAGACUGAACUGGAUGCAAAGAAUCAAGAGAUCAAGCAGAUAUCCUCGUCGCACAAGUACACCGAUUUACAGAGAGAAAAUCAGGAUCUACAGGCGUCGGCGAAAUUGGCGCAAACCGAGUUGGACGUGGCUCUGGGCACUCACGAAUCUCAACGGCAAGUAUUGCAUACUCUGAAUCAGCAGCUGGCGACGCGCGUCCAAGAAUUGGCCGCAAUACACCACGAGAUAUCUACAGCUCUGCAAACGUGAGGUUUGACUAGUAGCUGGUAUGCCUCCUAUGUAUAACCCAGAACCGAAAACGAAACAAGUAAUGAAUGAAACAAACAGCAAAAAAAAUAUUAAAAAACGACACACAAAAUAACGAUCAUCUAAACAAUAAUACUACCUAACUAAUGGAUAUUCAGUAUUUACAAAAUCAAAUAAGGCAAUGAGACGGGACGUUACGUGCAAAUUUCUUAAAUAUUGGAAGAAAAUCUUAGUUAUUUUAUAAUUACGAUUACUCGAAUGCACAAAUUUUAUUGACUGAUAGUAUUCUGUAUUCUUUAUUUCUCAGCAGAACAAACAAUAUUGAUGAAUCUCAUUUAGAAGUGCACAUCUUUUGUAAUGAAUCUUACAAAGCAAUGAGUAUUAUUUUAUUUAUU